UCGAAAGUCACGUGAACAGUUGUUGACAAUUUCAAAAUGAUGAACCACCACCAGCAUGGCUAGGAACGAGGAAAAACAAUACGGGAGGCUGAAUCGGUUGUGGAUUCAAAAAGAGAAAGAGGAGGGCCGUAUCAAAGAUGUUCACAGUAGACCAAAACUUUCAACACUCAACUCCGUUAAUGCUGUGAGAAAGUGGAUGCCAAGCAUCAAGGAUGAAAUAGAAUACUAUUUGCAGCAAUCCCAGCUGUCCCACUAUCCGGAGAGGAAGAUUGCAGAGUUCAAGCUGCACAUUGAGGAGCUGGAGAGGGAGUACAAACGCUUCCUCAAUAAGCUCCGUGCUCUCGACCCAUCCCAUAAACACCACCCCUGGACACCCAGAGCCUACGCCAAGCGCAGACGGGACACCCCUGAUGCUCCUGAUGAAAAAAGAUUGUGCACACUUGACCCUGCAGUCUUGACCAGUCAGACCGACAUUGUCCAGGAGGAGCAGCACUGCAGUGCCAGCGUCCAGCCCCCAUCGGAGCACAGGGCCAAUGUGGACCUGCCCAACCAAGACCAGCCCCUGGCUUUCGACCGAACCAAAUUGUCGGUGGCCGUGGCCGGGUGCCGAGGCCCACUAGUGGGCACGCAGCAGCCCGAGAGCCUGUCUCAGGUGCUGUUCUCUGGCCUGCCGAACCUGCACAGCUCCCCACUGGUGCAGGCCAGAGCAGUUCUGAGGGUCUCAACAGAAGAGACAGAGAAGAAAGAGAAAGACAAGGCUGCCUCAGUGGCGAAGAGCAUGGACGAUGUGCUGGGACUUGGCUGCUACUCAUCCUCUGAUGAAGAUUCGUAACGGAACUGUCGAGAGGCCCUGUGUCUUUCAGAACGGAGUGCUCCGACGGUGCAAUCUUGGAUUGCGCUUGUGUAAGCGUUUGUUUCUCUUUCAUGUUGGGUAGGAACAAGAAAAAUAAUAUAAUACUGAUGCCAACAUGGAAUGAAAUGCUCACAUGGAUAGGAUCGGAAAGCGCUUGUGUGCUCAUAGAGUCGAGUGAUUAGGAGUUGACAUUUUAAAAGGAAAAAUGUGGAGUGACAUUUCACACCAAGCCAAGUCACACAGUUGCACUCAUAAUGGUUUCAAUGGAAGAAUUGCUUGUUGUGGUCUGAAACAAAAAGAGGGGUUUCACAUUGACAUAACACUUAUGUAUGAAUCAAACGGUCUCUCACCACAGCAGGUAGCAGUCUCUCAUCAGAGCAGACCUCCACUAAGAUCUGCUGAUUCAGUAGGCAUGAAGAAGAAUCCUCCCUCCCUCCCUCCCCCCUCGCUUGUCUCGAAAAUCAUUCGGCUAGUCAGCCAAUCUGAGACAGCAGAGGAGUAGAAGUGUGAUGUGAUGUGAGAUGCGACCACAGUACCUAACCUCCAAAACCCCUCCGUUCCUCUCCUCUGCUGAGGGAUGUAACUUCGGGGAAAUGAUGUGCUCUUUCAGCUGGUGUGCCUGUUCAGCACAAGCACUGCUUGCUGCAGCAGGAGUGAGUGUGUCUGUGGCUGUGGUGGAGGGGAUGGGUAGAAUGAUCCAAGCUGAGGUCUGAGUCUGACUAGGACACCCCUGGCUACCAGUUGAGGUGGUGGUCUAGGUUUCCUCAGGUGCUUGCUGGAGAAAUGAAACCUGUGGUGGGUCACUGCAGGGGGAUUUUGUGCUUCACUUGUAGUUCAGUUUUUCCAUUAUUGUCAUUUUGAAGAAAAGAAACUUAAUUUUGUGGGGCAUUUAGACCUGAUUAUGCCAAUACGUGGAUAGAGACUGGGGUGGGGGGGGGCUAUAAAGAAUAAACUUUUUAUGAAACUAUAGAUGAUUCUGAUUCUGAACUCAAUAAUUCAAAUGAGUGUGUGUAUAUUGCUAAUGGGUUAUUGUGGUGUGUAAAUGCAUGCCUCGCUCAGUAGUUUGUACUUAUGUAGCAUAUACAUAAUGGGGGGGGGGGGGGGGGGGGGUACUUAAAUCGUCAUGAUGGGAUGGUUAUUUGAUUUUUGGGGAGGUUUAAUUAACCCCGAGUUGCUGCAGGUAGACUGGCCCUUCAAUUGGUAUCUGCAAGCCACUUUGGAUAAAAGCGUCAGCUGAAUGAAUACAUACAUAAAUCAAUGAGUUUUGUGUACUUACAGAUUUUUGGUAUUUUGGAAUGCUUGUUACAAUACUCUGUUAAAGUGUGCAUUUCUUCUGUGAAAAACAACUGUGAGUAUGGGGUGAUGUUGGGGGCGAUGGCACUCCAAAGUUAACCCGCUUAUUGAGGCUGUAUCCAAAUGUAAAGGGGAAAUGAACGUUUUUGUCACCUACACAAAACAACCUGAUUGAUAUAAUAGUUUUAUAAGUUACUAUAUGCAAUUAAGCAAACUAGUUACGUAGUUCAUGAUAACUAUGGCUUUUCAUGUUCUAGCAAUGCAGCUCAGUAAAUGCAGCUUCACUGGAGCUCAGACACAUGAGCAGAAUAACUGACCCAUACAUAUACAUGUUGGAGUACAUGUUCCUAUACAUAUUGCAGUACAUGUUAGUGCAUGUUACCACUGUAUUGGUACAGCAUGGCUUCUCUUUGGUGCAGUGGAGUAGGCUCAUUAAAACUGAGUGUUCUACUGGGUACCUCUACAGUGAGGCUCACAAGUUUUUGAGCCCAUGCAAAAGUUGACUAAAAAGAGGAAUAUAAAAUCAUCUUUUGGAAAUUGAUCUUAAGUAAAAAAAAUGAGGAAAUAUCCAACCUUUAAAGACACCAAUUUUCUAAAAUAAAUAAAUGUUCUUCCUUAAAAUACAGUAUUAGAUAAGCAGUAUUAGUAUAUAGUGCAUGCUACAUUUGUAAUGGUGUAUUUUAGCUACUCUUUGACACAAAGGAAUAAGAACAUUGAAAUACAGAGUAGCUGCUGGAUACCUGGAAUUAUAUGCAAUCAUGCCCUUGUCUCAGAAUUUAGGUUGCUGUACUAAAUUAUGGUUUACCACUUUCAUAUGAAUAAUUCAUGAGUAUGCAUGAUUGCCUUUUUCCUUCUUGGCUGACUCAGACCAAACUUGGGUUUCCGAUUACCCCAUAAUAAAAUACUAAAGGGA